AUGCGGGCCGCGCUGAACGGCCGCGGCAACGCCAAGGGGGUGCCGAGAGGCCCGCGAGCCCUCAAAGGCACAAAGGCAUACCAGAUCGGGCAUCUCAGCCUACUGCGGUUUCGGCACGGGCGCGAGAGGCAAGUGUCACAGCGGACCCUCGACGCGGUGCGCGAGGCGCAGGGAGCCGGGGUCGAGCCGUGGAACACGGCAGAGCACGACAAGGCAGUCCACGGCCCAACGCCCGAAGGCGGGACGACGAACCCGAUGGAGAGCGAACCGCCAGUGAGUGAGACGUACGAAGACGAGGGAGACGACGAGAGAGACGAGAACGCCCCGGCGGACGACGAGAUGGCCUUUAUCGACGAUGAGUUCUUCGCGCUCCCCGACGUAGCAACGGAGGAAGAGGCGGAGGGCGGGGGGAGCCAGAGUCAGUACAGCCAGCAGAGUCAGGGGGGCGAGAGCGAGGGGAGCCAGAGCAGCCAGGGCAGCCGACGCACACCCAGACGAGCCAAAUGGAACCGAAUCGCGACAGAACGAUUUCUAGACCGACUUCGCUUCGAACUCCUACAAGGAGGCGGCGGCGGGGACGGAUACAGACACCCCGAAGACAGCACCGACGGCGACGAAGAUGGAGGGAGGAGCGAGGCCGAAGAGAUGCCCGACCGCACAACAGAGCCAGGACCAAGCGAGCGGCCAUCCGAGGAGGGCCCUCCGAACGACGCCAGCCAAACAGAUGACGACUUUACAGUUAUGGACGUAGAUGAAGAACAAGCAGAGGGCGACAGGGCGAGGCAUCACAGCCGCCGAGGAAGCGGGGGCGAUUUGAGAAUGAACGUAGCGACUCGAUGA